CUCAUAUACAUUUACUCUGAGUUUCUUUUAUUCGAAUUUAACAAUAAAUGUGAAAAUAAUUCCCACCAUAAUUUAUCAAUAUCAUUUUAACAAGAUCAAGCAGACAUAUUUCACAUGAUAAACACAAUUAACAGGAAACAAAUCACCUGAACGGAAAACGAAACCUUAAACAGGUGUGUAGUCAAAUGACGUAUGGUUCUGUGACGUGCUUCAAUUAACCUGGGCAUCUUCAUCACCUGACCAUGGGAAAUUCCCUCUCUUGGGAAACUCAUGCAUAAUUGAUAAAAAAUCAAGUCUAUUAAUAAUACUACAAUAUCUUGCUACUAAUGUUUAUCACAUAGAGCAAAGCUAUUGCAUAAAAUGUUUCGUUAUAAACUUAUAUUUGUUUAUCAGGUACUGGUGAAACCUUUUGAUUUAUAGUUCCUCAAGCAUUAUAUCAGUGUAUCUGCAGAAUGGAAAACGAAAGUUGCCGAGCAACCUUCAGAAACAAAACAGUGUUGUGAGGCGGGGCAUUAUAGAUGUCCUAUAUAAGGUUAAGGCAUCUGCCCUGACCCACACUAUUCAAUUUUGGAGUGACUUUCAGACUCAAGAAAACCAGUUUCAGAAAAGAAACGAAACGAAAGAUAAGAUGAAAAAUAAUUGACAUUCUCGACUCAUGAUGGAGAUUAUCGUAAAGGGAUUCAAUGGAAACACAGAACGUCUGACGGUGGACUGUGAUGCCACAGUUGGUAAACUGAAGCAGCUCAUCUCAACACUCUUCAGUGUGCGACCUUUUCAACAAAAGCUGUCUGCAAAUAAUGGUCAAAAAACCAACCUUGAUGAUGAAUCCAGAAGCCUAAGUAGUUACGGUCUGCACUCAGGGUCCACCGUAGUGCUCCUCAUCACCAACCCUAUACAGGUGUUUGUCAAGAAUGAGGAUGGCCGGACAGGAACUUAUGAAGUUUACCCCGAUGAGACAGUAGACCAACUCCAGGCUAAGAUCUACAACAAGGAAAGAGUACCUGUGGAUCAGCAGAAGCUCAUUUACAAUUGUAAACAACUGAUGCCUGGAAAGAAGUUGCAGGAGUACGACAUCAAACCUAAAAGCACAAUUUUCAUGACACUCCGUCUCCGAUCUGGUUAAUGAAGAACAGUCAUGACACAAUUUAUUGUUGUUACAAAGAUUAACAUUGUCAAGCCUAACACCGGUAUUGUAGUACUUUGGAUUUAUUUAAAUGUUGGAGGAUAUCAGUUUUAUGUUUAUUUAAACAAAAUUUUAAACUAUUUAUCUAAUAUAUGCAUACAUUUAUGACAUAAACCACUUUUUUUUAAACCUUUUGCAGUUUUUUUGUAUUUAAACUGUUUUAUGUAAUGAUACAUAAUGAUAAUAAGAUACAUAAAGCAAUAUGUAAAAUUCUUAAACCAGUAAAUCAAAAUUACAUUUGUUGCAGCAAUUCCUGG